UUUUUAAUUAAUUGAAACAAAAAAAAAUUAUUUGUAAAUAAUGGCUGAUCAUGAUAAUGAAGUUAUAAUUAAUGAUAAUGGUUCAUCAACAUCAUCAUCAAAUGGUGAUUAUGAAUUGAUUACAAAUCCAAUGGAACAAUUAACAAUUGGACAACCAGUACAGAUUGUAAAAGUAACUGAUAAUCGUAAAUUUGAAUUAGAUGUUGAUGCACUUGAAUCAAUAUUAUUACGUGAAUCAAUUCGUGAUAAACCUGUAGCUGUUGUAUCGAUUGCUGGUGAUUUUCGUAAAGGAAAAUCCUUUAUGUUAAAUCAUUUUCUUGGAUAUCUACAAGCAACUAGUACCAAUAAUAAUAGUAAUAAUCAUAAUAAUAACCAAAAUGAUGUUUCAUCAUCACCAUCAUCAACAUCUGAUGGUUGGUUAUCUGAUCCAAAAGCACCAUUAAAAGGAUUUUCAUGGCGUGGUGGAUGUCAACGUGAUACAACCGGUAUACUUAUGUGGUCAGAACCAUUUAUUGUUCGUACUGAAGAUAAUAAAGAAGUUGCCGUCAUUCUUAUGGAUACACAAGGUGCCUUCGAUAGUGAAUAUACUAUAAAAGAUUCAGCCACUGUUUUUGCAUUGUCUACAAUGACAUCAUCGAUACAAGUUUUUAAUAUAAUGCACAAUCUACAAGAAGAUAAUUUACAGGUAUUGGAAAUUUUCCUUGAAUAUGGCCGUCUUGCAUUGGAAUCGGUACAUGAGAAGCCAUUUCAAAAAUUAGUUUUUCUUAUACGUGAUUGGUCAUAUCCAUAUGAACAUCCAUAUGGAUUUGAUGGUGGUCAUCGAUUAUUGGAAAAGAAAUUAGAACUUAAAGAUACAAUGCCUGAACAAUUGCAACGUGUUCGCCGUAAAAUACGAGAAUGUUUCAAAGAGAUUGGCUGCUUUCUUAUGCCUCAUCCUGGUUCGAAUGUUGCUACGGCACAAAAUUUUGAUGGCCGUCUUGAUGAUUAUCAUCCGGAUUUUGCUAAUCACCUUCGUCAAUUUGUUCCAAGCCUAUUGUCACAGAAUAAAAUUAUACCCAAAGAAAUCGGUGGCCGACCAAUAACCGGCCGACAAUUGUUGGAAUAUUUCAAAGUUUAUAUCAAUGUAUUUGCUGGUGAUACAAUGCCCGAACCGAAAACAAUGUUGGAAGCUACAGCUGAAGCAAACAAUCUAAAUGCAGUAGCCGUUGUAAAAGAUAUUUAUACAAAUGAAAUGGAAAGCAUUUGUGGUGGAAAUCAACCAUAUAUAAAUCCAACAACAUUGGAACAACGUCAUGCUGACCUGCUGUUCAAAUGUAUGGAAGAAUUUGAUGCCAUUCCAAAAAUGGGAGGUGCUGAAUAUUCUGUAUCAUAUCGUGAACGAUUGGAAGAAGAAUUAAUUCAAGCAUUCGAACAUUUUGCCAUACAAAAUAAAAGUAAAAAUGUUUUCGGCCUAUUCGGUACACCAUUAAUCCUUUUGGUAGCCUGUUUCAUUUGUUUUAUGACUGCACGUAUCAUUGAAGUUUUCGGUGUACAAAAAAUUGCCAAUAUAUUCGUUUCUAUUGGUACAAUGGAUUUGGCCAUAUUUAUUGUCUAUGUUUUUGGUCGUUAUUCAGGCAAUUACCCUAGUUUGGUAACAAUUAUUGAUCAAUUUUCUGAACAACUUUGGUUAUUUUUAUUGGAUAAUCUGCAGUCAUUCAUACAAUCACAUACAGCAUCAACAAUCACACAAGCUACCGGUUUGAAUGUAACAUCAUCAGCAGCCGGAAAUAUGACAAGAAAUUUUUCAACAAAUCAAACCAAUAUCACUAAUACUACCUCACCAAUAUCAGGUCGAAGUGGUGCUGGUAGUAGUAGUCAUCAAUUACAAUCCGAAUUACAUAAAAGAAAAACGCGGAAAGAUUGAUUAUAUAUCGAUGAUGGUACAUGAAGAAAAAAUUUGACCAACCAACAUUAAGCAGCAACCAAAAAAAAACGACUGAUUUAACUGAAUGAAUUUGAAUUGAGUGUCAUCUAAUCUCCAUUGGCAAUAACCUGUUAAUUAAUCAACUAAUUAAGUUAAUCGCAUUAUGAUGAUGAAUUUAUGAAGAUAUUUCCAAACACAUUUAU